AUGAAUCAAAGUCCAACAAUUUAUGUUCCAGCAAAAAGAACAGACGAGGUUGACUGGGCAAGCCCCCUUAAAAGAUAUAUUCAAACAACAUAUCAAGAGGAUCCAGAAAAAUAUGCAGACGAAGCCAAUGCAAUUCACCGUCUAAGACAGGAUAUGCGAGGUGCUGGUAAAGACGUGACUGGAAGAGAUUUAUUGUAUCGAUAUUAUAGCCAGUUAGAGUUACUUGAUUUAAGGUUUCCUGUCGAUGAGAACCAUAUUAGAGUCUCUUUUACUUGGUAUGAUGCCUUUACACAUAAAGCCACUUCUCAGUUUUCACUUGCAUAUGAAAAAGCGAGUGUAAUUUUCAAUAUUGCCUCUGUCUUGUCGGCAAUUGCUGCUUCUCAAAACCGAUCCGAACCUGAAGGUCUAAAACGUGCUUUCAAUUUUUUUCAAGCAUCUGCUGAGAGAUACACAUAUAUAAAUGAUAACUUUUUGCAUGCUCCUUCAACCGAUUUGAGUCGUGAUACUGUGAAACUGCUUACACAACUAAUGCUUACACAAUCUCAAGAGUGUUUCUUAGAACAGAGUUUAGGGAAUAAAAAUAAGCCUGGUUUAAUAGCUAAAUUAGCUGCUCAAGCUGGAUGGUCCUAUGGAAACAUUGUCGAAAAUAUGGGUGAUCUUAUAAGUCGAAGCGUAUUUGACAGGAGUUGGCUGACAGUUUGUCAGAUAAAACAUAAAUAUCUUACGUCUAUUGCUCAAUAUCAAAAAUCUCUAGCUUGUGAAAAAGAAAGCAAAUAUGGUGAAUGUGUUUGUCGCCUUAAUAUUGCAGAAUCUUUGGCUAAGGAAGCAAAUAAACUUUCCAACAAUUUUGUGUCGGCCUUCACACCAACUGUAACUCCAACUCUUUCUCCUGAUACUGCAAUUUCAUUACAAGAACUCACAAAGUCAAAUCUUGCACUUAUCACGGAGAAAAAAAAUUCUUCUACGAAGGAUAAUGAUAUUAUAUAUCACGAAGUUGUUCCACAGGAAAGUGUUAUUCCACCAAUAGAUAAAUUAAAUGCAGUUAAGCCAAUGCCAAUACAAGAUUUAUAUGGUGCUAAUGAGAUGCAAAAAGUAAUUGGUCAAGAUAUUUUCCAACGACUUAUUCCAUUAUCAGUUCAUGAAUCUGCAUCUUUAUAUUCAGAGGAAAAAGCUAAAAUUGUUCGUAGUGAAACUGAGAGAUGUGAUGUUUCUAAUGGUGAAUUAGAAGCUGCUUUAGAAUAUAUGAAAUUACCAGGAGCGCUUGUAAAAUUUAAGACGGAUAAUGAGUUUAAAUAUUUUAAUGAAUUUGCAUCACCCACUCCUGAAGUUAAACAUAAUUUAUGGACACAACCUCCAAACACACUUACUGCAGUUUUUCAUCAAGAUUUGAAUAGUCAUAAAGAUACACUUGAAAAAGCCGCAAAUUCGGAUCAACAUUUGUUUCAAAGAUAUGAUCAAUCUCUAAAUGAUAUUAUGAUUUUACGGAUGGGCGAAAAUGGAGAUGAUUUAGAAAAAAUAUUUGCAGAAACAUUAGCAUCCUCUAUAAAUACUAAUACUGAUAUGUUCGUGGGUGGUAGGAGAAUAAGCAAUGCAGAGAGUUUACUGGACGUAGAUACAUCAAAAUCUGAAGAAGAUAUUAACGUUAAAGUACAUAAGGUCGAAGUAUGCUUAGACAAUUUAAAUAAAAUUAGAAAAGAACGAAUGGAUACAUUAAAUGAUUUGAAGGAAAAGACGCACCAAGAUGAUAUAUCCAAUAUUCUAAUCCUCAAUAAAAAGGUACAAAAUAUUGAGCCACAGCUUUUUGCAACUGAGCUUGAAAAAUUCUCCCCAUAUCGAAAUCGUAUAACUGCUAGCAUUCAUCAUCAGCAAGCUUUAUUACAAGAACUCACAGAUCAUUACAAAAACUUAAUGGAAAGUGAUGAAUCAAAGACGUUGCAAUCACGGUGGGAUCAUGCUGAACGGAAAAGAAAGGACGUGUGCGAUCGAUUGAAAAAAGCAAAAGAUAGUUAUCUCGAAGUUAAAGAAGGUUUGAGGAAGGGGAUUCAAUUUUAUUCCGAUUUGACUGAACUUAUUGAAAAUCUUUCCAAGACUUUACAAAAAUCUGCCAAAUCUCGCCAACAAGAGCGUAAUGAAUUGGUACAAUCUCUUCAAGAACAACAAAUAUUCAAAGAUAAAUUAAUAUCUUCAAGUACACCUUCUUCUAACCAAGCGAUAAAUCAUUAUGAAUCUUUAAAUCAACUUGCAGAAGAAGCAAAUAAAUUAUCACUUAAUAGCAAUAUGAUACCCAUUGGUGUCAAUAGGGAUUUGAGUAAUUCGACAAUACCACAGACUCAAUCUAAUGUUACAAAUUUCUACAAUAAUAUAUCACAUUCCUCCUCUCAACCCUAUACUACUUCACCUAUUCGAAAAGAUUCUAAUACAAAUCCAUCAGCACCUCCUUAUAUUCCCAUAGCUCCUCCGAAACCAUCUGCACCAUCUACUUUAAAUUUAGGUUCUUCUAAUAAUUAUUCUUCGCAAGGAUCUACUUCCUUUUCCGUACAACCGUCGACAUAUCCCACGAAACCUUCCUCUCCGAAGUUACAAGGUCCACCUUUACCCCCUUUACCUACUGGAUAUCAACAACAUAAUAUUGUCCAUAACUCAUCACAAUCAGAUAUCCAACGUUCAUAUCAGCCCGCAUUACCAGCGGUCUCUCAAUCACAACAAACGCUGCCACAACAAUCACCAAUAUUACAUCAAAACCAUUCUUUUAAUGGUCAAUAUACACAUUCAUCAAUACCAACGCAACCUUCUCAAUCUCAACAACAAUUUCACACUCAACAGCAUAGUUUAUCAAGUACAUCAUCGUCUUUACCGGUUCACCAGCCUCCUUAUUCAUCAAAUUUCCAAUACUCUCAACAACCACUUACACCAUUACCACCGCAACAUCAUCAAUUUCGUCAAUCGUCGUAUGAAAAUUAUGCUAGUGCAGGAUAUAAUCGGGUACCAAUAAAUCAACUCUCACAAUCACAUUAUGCUGGCCAAUCAUCCGGAAGCCUAUAUCAACAACAAUCACCACCACCACCACAAUAUUCCGGAAAUCAACCACCUCAACAAGGAUUUAACAACAAUUUUCCUCAUCAACCAACAACUUAUUAUCAACCUCCAAGUCAAGUUGCCCAACAAGUUAACGAGGGUUAUUAUCAACAUUCAAACUAUCGGCCUGCACCUGUGCAACCUGGUUAUCCUUUUCAACAAGAUCGUCCACCUACCCAACAGCAAAAUAUACAAUCACCACAAAAAUCAUUAUUGGAUUAA